UUCAAUGGGGAUGAUGGAUAUGAGGUGGCUCAUGGUGUGGAUAGGCAUAGGGUGAACAUAGAACUCAAAAGAUGCACUUGCAGGACAUGGGACCUCACAGGGAUCCCAUGCCCUCAUGCAAUAAGGGCCCUACUGUACAGGAAGAUCAACCCUUUGACUCGGAUUCACUGGUGGUACUCCAAAGAAGCUGCUCUCUUAACUUAUUCACAUAAGUUACAACCAGUAAGAGGAGAAAAUUUUUGGAAGAUAGAACCAACCCAUGCAAUGGAGCCUCCAAAGUUAGUUAAGUUGGCUGGAAGGCCAAGAAUUAAGAGAGUUAGAGAAAAAAAUGAGUGUGUGAAUAGACAAGGAGUGUGGUCUGAAUCUAGAAAGGGUAGGGUGAUGACUUGUUCUACAUGUGGAGAGCCUGGCCACAAUGCAAGGGGUGUCAAAAGGUAGCUAAAGGAAAGCAAUCAAAUGGUGGAAGGAAGACAAAGAAGAGGACCAGAUCCUUGAUUGAUGAAGAUGAUGAAGGUUUGGCUAGAAGUCCACCUGCUACAGGGCUCACACUUGAGGAAGAGCUUGAAUUGACAGUACCCCAGCCUACUCAAACAAGUCAAGCAAGCAGUAGUGCAACAGCACUUCCAAGUCAGGCCAGCAGUAGUACAAGUGAAUAUAGAUUUAUGCCAACACCAUCAGUGGCAAGGCAGCAGCCUAUCAACAAUACUUUUACUGCUGAACCAGACUUCGAUUUUCUAUCAAAUGAUGAAGCAGAUCCACCUCUAAUGCCAAUGAGUAUUUCAGAGGCCAAGACUAGAUUCCUAAGGCAGAUGCAAGUUGGAGAAGCAACUGGAACAAGGUGUAUUGGUUUUGUUGGUGAUGCUAGUGGUGUUAGUAAGCCAACAAACCUUCCAUUCUCACUAAGGGAGCUGACAUGGCAAGGAAACAUCAGAAUUGGAAACAAGCUUAGAAAAUGGCCAAGUGUUUGUUUGGCUGUUGAAACUUGCAAGUGGAUGUCAUGUUAUCACUUUAUGGUGACAGUUUUUGGGGUUAUAAUGUGGCAUCCCCUUUGGCAAUGUAACUGCACUUUUGACAGUUUUUGGCAGUUUUAUGUUAAGUUAAUGUUGGAUUCCUUGUACAAGAUGUUGGCUGCUUUGUUUUCUGAUAGUGUCUUGUUUUUACUCUUUUGGUAG